CUGGCCAACCUGGCAGUCAUGGACAUCAGUGAUUCCACAGUUACAGCACUCAAGAUGCUUAGAGGCUUCCUGUCACAAUCAGACACUAUAUCUUAUCACUGGUGCAUGGCUCAGAUGUUCUUCUUCCAUUUGACUGGUGGUUCUGUGGAUUUACUCCUUGUGGUGAUGGCAGUUGAUCGGUACAUAGCUAUCUACAAACCUUUGCAGUACGUGCUGAUCAUGAACCGAGGGGUUUGUACAGGUGUGGUGGCAGGGGCAUGGGCUGGAGGCUUUGUUCACUCUAUCAUCCAGACUGGACUUAUCAUUCAGCUACCUUUCUGUGGUCCCAAUAUACUGAAUAAUUUCUAUUGUGACAUACCCCAGGUGAUCAAACUGGCUUGUACAACCACCUACAUGACUUUAAAUUUUGGACCAGGAAUCAUCAUCUAUGACCGACCUUUCAAGGUUUUCCCAGGAGACAAGAUCUUUUCCAUGAUGUACACUCUUGUCACUCCAAUGCUGAACCCUAUGAUCUUCACGCUGAGAAAUGCAGAAAUGAAAAAUGGUAUUGGAAAGCUAAAAGCAAAAAUGUUAUUUGUAAAAAGCAGAAUCUCCCCCUGA